AUGCCUAACUACGCUGAUGAGCUAUUGCAGGUCUCCCCGGUUGACGCUCCUGUGGCGGCACUGCAGACGGCGGGUCUGGUUUCGGAAGACGGUCUGGGCAACAUCAGAGAAGCUACAGACAAGAAGCUGGAAGCUACUCUUCGGAGGAUUCACGAAUCCUUCGCUAUGAUGGUGCGGGCGGCAUCCACUGCGUCUAUAGCUGCCAGGGCAUCCAUUGUCUGGUUGAGAAAAUUGACGCAGCUGAUACCAGAGGACAAUCACGCACUGUUAGAGGGAAUCUCCCGAGCAGAUGUAGAGGAGACAGCUGGGGAAUUCCAGGGGUUCUCUUUGGAAAAAGUCAAGAGUGAAGUUGCCGAAGGACACUUUGAAGAUGGAGAUGGACCCCAGAGGCAGGAGGGAAGCCAAGCAGAGUGUGGGAAGAAAUACAGUCGUAGUGGAACUCUUCAAAUCCAUCUAAGAACUCACACAGGGGAGAAGCCUUUUGAAUGCUCAGAGUGUGGGAAGAGAUUCAAACAAAGUGGCACUCUUCAAACCCAUCUAAGAACCCAUGCAGGGGAGAAGCUUUUUGAAUGCUCACAGUGUGGGAAGAGAUUCAGUCACAGUGGCACUCUUAAAAUACAUCUAAGGACCCACACAGGGGAAAAGCCAUUUGAAUGCUCAGAGUGUGGGAAGAGAUUCAAACAAAGUGGCACUCUUCAAACCCAUCUAAGAACCCAUGCAGGGGAGAAGCUUUUUGAAUGCUCACAGUGUGGGAAGAGAUUCAGUCACAGUGGCACUCUUAAAAUACAUCUAAGGACCCACACAGGGGAAAAGCCAUUUGAAUGCUCAGAGUGUGGGAAGAGAUUCAGUUGCAGUGGCACUCUUCAAAUCCAUCUCAGAUCCCACACAGGGGAGAAACCAUUUGAAUGCUCAGAGUGUGGGAAGAGAUUCAGUCGCAGUGGCACUCUUCAAAUCCAUCUAAGAACCCAUGCAGGGGAGAAGCUUUUUGAAUGCUCACAGUGUGGGAAGAGAUUCAGUCGCAGUGGCACUCUUCAAAUCCAUCUAAGAACCCAUGCAGGGGAGAAGCUUUUUGAAUGCUCACAGUGUGGGAAGAGAUUCAGUCGCAGUGGCACUCUUCAAAUCCAUCUAAGAACCCAUGCAGGGGAGAAGCUUUUUGAAUGCUCACAGUGUGGGAAGAGAUUCAGUCACAGUGGAACUCUUCAAGACCAUCAAAGAUCCCACACAGGGGAGAAGCCUUUUGUAUGCUCAGAGUGUGGGAAGAGAUUCAGUCACAGUGGCGCUCUUCAAGGACAUCAAAGAUCCCACACAGGGGAUAAGUCUUUUGAAUGUUCAGUGUGUGGGAAGAGAUUCAGUUGCAAUAGCACUCUUCAAAUACAUCUAAGAACCCACACAGGGGAGAAGCCUUUUGAAUGCUCAGACUGUGGGAAGAGAUUCAGUCACCGUGGCCAUCAUCAAACUCAUCUAAGAACCCAUACAGGGGAGAAGCCUUUUGAAUGCUCACAGUGUGGGAAGAGAUUUAGUCAGAGUGGUACGCUUCAUGGACAUCAAAGAUCCCACACAGGAGAUAAGCCUUUUGAAUGUUCAGAGUGUGGGAAGAGAUUCAGUCGGAGUGGUUCUCUUCAUAUGCAUCUAAGAACCCACACAGGGGAGAAGCCUUUUGAAUGCUCAGAGUGUGGGAAGAGAUUCAGUUGCAGUGGCGCUCUUCAACCCCAUCUAAGAACCCAUACUGGGGAGAAACCAUUUGAAUGCUCAGACUGUGGGAAGAGAUUCAGUAGCCAUGGCACUCUUAAGAGACAUCUCAGAACCCACACAGGCGAGAAGCCUUUUGCAUGCUCAGAGUGUGGGAAGAGAUUCUGUCGCAGUGGUGCUCUUCAAGAACAUCAAAGGUCCCACACAGGGGAGAAGCCUUUAGAAUGUUCAGAGUGUGGGAAGAGAUACAGUCUUAGUAGGAGUCUUCGAAAACAUCAGGGAACCCACUCAGGGGAGAAGCCUUUUGGAUGUUCAGAGUGUGGGAAGAAGUUUAGUCACAGUGGCGAUCUUCAAAGCCAUCAAAGAUCCCACACAGGGGAGAAGCCUUUUGAAUGCUCAGAAUGUGAGAAGAGAUUUAGUCUCAGUAGCACUCUUCAAGAACAUCUAAGAACCUGUAGGGAAUUUUCGGGGGUUCAGGCCACUACCAGGGAUCCCCAACUCCAUUAG